CUGAGCCAAUGACCCUUGGCUCCCCGACAUCUCCAAAACCGGGAGCUAGUGCCCAGUUUCUUCCCGGAUUUUUGAUGGGUGAUUUACCUGCGCCAGUGACUCCGCAGCCACGCGGCCCUUCGGUUGGUGUGAUGGAAAUGAGAUCUCCACUGCUUGCAGGAGGGUCUCCGCCACAACCAGUGGUCCCUACGCAUAAAGAUAAAAGUGGUGCUCCACCAGUUAGAAGCAUAUAUGAUGAGUUAUCUAGUCCUGGACUUGGUUCAUCACCUCUAACCUCAAGAAGACCAGCCAGCUUUUCUCUAACACAGAGCCCGCUGGUUGGAACUGUGCCGUCAACUCCAGGAACAGCUUCCAGUAUGUUCAGUCCCGUAAGCAUUGGGCAACCGAGGAAGACUACUCUAUCUCCUGCUCAGCUAGAUCCUUUUUAUACUCAGGGUGAUUCCCUGACUUCAGAAGAUCAACUUGAUGACACAUGGGUAACUGUAUUUGGAUUUCCUCAAGCAUCAGCUUCCUAUAUUCUUCUGCAGUUUGCUCAGUAUGGGAACAUAUUAAAGCAUGUGAUGUCGAACACAGGAAACUGGAUGCAUAUUCGAUACCAGUCGAAGCUUCAAGCCCGGAAAGCCCUAAGCAAAGACGGAAGAAUUUUUGGUGAAUCUAUCAUGAUUGGUGUCAAGCCGUGCAUAGAUAAAAGUGUGAUGGAAAACUUUGAAAGAAGCUCUACAUCCUCAAUGUCUUCAGUUUUCACUCCGCCUACAAAAUCCGUUGGCACACCGGUACAACCUGCAAAUAAUACUACGAGGAUUUCUACAAUGAGACCUCUUGCAACAGCAUAUAAAGCUUCUACUAGUGACUAUCAGGUGGUUUCUGACAGACAAACUCCUAGGAAAGAUGAAAGUAUUGUAUCUAAAGCAAUGGAAUACGUGUUCGGCUGGUAGUACGCAAGAGGAAGUAACGCACUGAGUUGGUCAGGGUUUGAAAUAUGCUACUGGCGUCCGUGGUUAGUUGUAUAACUACUGGUGGCAGUAUUUUAACUUGCAUCUCACCUGUUAUGCCUUCGGUUAAUUCAGCAGACAUGUAGCUUGCACUUUAAGUGAUGGCAAUGCACACAUUGUUUUAAAAACUGAGUGAGUGUAAACGUAAGUGCUUCUUUCCCAUUUGU